AUGGCCAACGGCGGAGACUUUGAGGCGGCGAUGUCGGCUCCGGCGACGCCGGGAACGCCGACGCCGCUAAUGCCGUCGUCGCUGCGAGUGGACUCGCUGUCCUAUGAUCGGAAGUCAAUGCCUCGGUGCAAGUGCCUCCCCGUCGACGCGCCCACGUGGGGUGCACCCCACUCAUGCACCUUCGCCGUACCUGAUAUCUCCCUCACUCGCAAGCUGGGAGCAGAGUUUGUGGGUACUUUCAUCCUGAUAUUCGCGGCCACGGCGGGCCCCAUCGUGAACCAAAAGUACAACGGGGCAGAGACCUUGAUCGGGAACGCGGCCUGCGCAGGGCUGGGAGUCAUGAUCGUGAUCCUUUCGACGGGCCACAUCUCGGGGGCCCACCUAAACCCGUCCCUCACCAUUGCCUUUGCAGCCCUUCGCCACUUCCCGUGGGUCCAAGUCCCUGCCUACAUAGCAGCCCAGGUGUCGGGCUCCAUAUGCGCCUCGUUUGCCCUAAAAGGAGUCUUCCAUCCCUUCAUGUCCGGUGGGGUCACUGUCCCAUCCGUCACCACCGGCCAGGCAUUCGCCCUCGAGUUCCUCAUCACUUUCAAUCUCCUCUUUGUCGUCACUGCUGUUGCCACCGAUACUCGUGCCGUUGGAGAACUAGCGGGAAUAGCGGUUGGAGCUACAGUUAUGCUCAACAUAUUAGUCGCCGGGCCCUCGAGUGGUGGCUCGAUGAACCCGGUGAGAACUCUGGGGCCAGCAGUAGCAGCAGGUAACUACAGGUCGUUAUGGAUAUACCUUGUGGCCCCAACACUUGGGGCCAUAGCCGGUGCAGGUAUCUACACGCUCGUCAAGCUUCGUGGGGAAGACGAACCAGAGGCCCGCCCGACCGCCUAUCUUGAGAACGGGCCGUGGGCCGAAUCCAUAAUCGAGGAGCCCGACUUGCUCGCUGCAAAUCGUUACGCGGCCCACAUGGGCCCUCAGGCCCACCAAUGUGAAAAGAUUGAGAAUUUUGGAGCCAAGUGUCUCGACCUAGCCAAAGCCUACGGGCCAACAACAAUGUGA